UGUUGUGUCCCUUCGUAGUCCUGUGAUCAGGAGGAAUAAAUGGAGGCUCAGCAGCUGAAGGACCCGCUGAAUAAAGUUUCUCUAAUCAAAGAGAGCUGAUCCAGUGCCUGAUCCAGAGUGGCACCGAUGAGAGGGGGACUGAGAGUCCUACAACUCAGGAAUUCAUGAAUCCUUAAUGUCCUCGCUUGAUCGCGCUCCCCGUAGGGUUCAGAGGUUGUGUUUGCCGAGCUAUUACAGCUGACUCAUGCAGGAUAUGUGCAGGCUUGUUUUUCUGAAUUCCUGUCACUGAUUGCAUUGAUACCUCCCUUAAAAAUCACCAUUUAUGGUGCAGGUUCUGGCGUGUGCAGGAUGAGGUCAUGUCUUUUUAAAGCACUCGAUAGGACGGCCUGAUUCUGCGCAACCCAGUUUGAGGAGAAUUCCUACUUUAAGUGAAGACACAGUUAAGUUUAGAAAACUCAAGCUAAAAAUAUUCUAAUUAUAACAGUGUAGAUGUGCUGAUUUGUCUUAGUUACUAAAGUUGUGGUAAGUUUAUGUAAAAUUCCUGUGCAGGUCUUAAGCAGCAGCUUGUGGGGGGGAGGCAAUCCACCCUUUAUAUACCAGGGCCCUAGUUUAGAACUGAGAUGAGUUUUUUUAGGGUAAAUCUAUUUUGGGUUAACUUAUUAAUUCAUGGAAUAGGCCCAUUUACCCACCUCAGGGGAAAUUAUCUUGCACUUCAUUCUGAUCUAUAUUUAACCUGUGGCCAGUCUAAGUAUGAACUCUGGAAGAGGACAGAAAUGCCAGAUGAGCUGACUCGGAGCUCCAUGGAGGCCAGCGAUUCAGAGAAGGUGAUCAGGCACCUUAACCAGGAGCUGAAGGAGGCCCAUGAUCAGGCCAAUGCUGGCAAGCAGAAGUGUGUGGAGCUGCAAGGACUUCUAGAGGAGGAGAAGCGGGCCAGCAAGCAUCAGACAGAGGAGUCUGCAAAGCAGAUGAAGAUUCUUCAGACUAAGCUUCAGAAGUUGCAGGAUGAAAUGGAAAAUCUCAGGGACCAGAAGGACAGUACUAUUUUGAGUAUGCGACAGGAUGCACAUGCAGGUCAAGAGGAAAUGCAGGUGUUGCGCCGAAGCAUGGAGAAGGCUUCAGCUGAGCGGGAGCACGAGGUCAGUGCUCUAAAGGGCAACCUGGCAACACUAACUACUGAGCUGGAGAAGUGGCAGUUGACUGCAAAUAAGUACGAGCGUGAGAUUGACAGCCUGCAGGCCAAUCACCAGCAACAGAACCAGCAGAGAGACAAAGUUGCUAAACAGCAAGCCAGUGAACUGGAGAAGCUGAAGCGGGACUGCGAGAGCCUGCAGAGGGAGUGCACGUCCCUCCGGUCAGAGCGGGAGCAGUUGGCUGCCCAGCAGCAGAAGGAGAAGAGCAGUCUGCAGAGUGAAUGCACAUCCCUACGCUCUGAGAAAGAGCAGCUUCUAAAGAAACUGCAGCAACUGGAAAAAGAGCUAGACAGCUGUAAGAAGCAGAGUGCAGGUCUGAGCAGCACAGCAGAGGCUCUGGAGAAGACACGGGCUGACCUUGAGAAAUGCCUGAGUGCUGCACAGGAGGAGCACCAGAAAAACAGCAGCCAGCUUCACAGCCUGCUGGAGCAGAGCAAAACCAGGACCAAAGAGUUGCAGAAGGAGUAUGAAGAGACACAAGCAGAGCUGUCAGGCCUGAAAGAGAGGUGUGAGCAGGCAGAGCAGGAGAAGGAGUCUCUCGGACUGGAACUGCAGCAUUGCCAAGCUAGCCUGAAGUCUCUGCAGGAGAAAAGCAACCAACUGUCUUUAUUGCCGCCCAUCCUAGCCGUAGUCAUCGGCCUUGUCCUGGCUUUGCUGUAUUGGUGCUUCGGCCCAUUGUGGUAGAAAGGAAAGAUGGAUCAGGUGGAUGCCUGUCGCCGCUGUAACAGUUGCUGUCACAGCCUAUGUGAUCACAAAGACUUCAACCUGAAUAUCUGGCACUAUGAAGCACUAAAAAACCACACACCCACAUUUCCAACCAUACAGACAUAUUGCCCUUUUAGUAUAAGAGGGUUUUAUGUGAGAAUUAGUGCACCUUGUAACUGUAAUAUUGAAUGCUGAAGGCCUUAGUUUAAUUAUAUAGGGUAUCAGAUCCAUAUCAGCUCCAAGCCCCAUGCAGCUGCAGUGUUUCUGUAAAGGCAAAGACUUUUAGACUUUAAUGUGUCUAAAUGUUUGUUUUGUUCCUGCAAAACAUUUAUAUUAUACUCAUUUGACUUACUGAAUUCAUAAUGAAAUGAGCCCAUUUUACUGAUCUCAUCAUCAGCUAUAAAAAAAAGUCAGCUUUCAAUAAUUAUUUUAAUAAUUCACUAUAGUGAAAGCAAUAAUACAUUUGAAACAUUUACUCACAUUUGAAGUCGUGCACAAUAUGAAAAUGGUUCUGUUCUGUUUUUUUCUUCUUCUUUCUUUCUUUCUUUCUGUACGGAUUUCAUGUCUUGUUUAUGUAGUUGCCAGUUUUUAUCUUAAUUUAAAAUUGCAAAAAAAAAAAGUCUAUGCACCGUGUGUCAAUGUUCUAUAGCUUUUUAAGUAUUAAAGAAUUAACAAAGUACUACACGUAAAGUUAAGCGCACUAAUUCGUCUCAAAGAGACACUUGAAGCGAUUAAUUUGUUACUUGUACAGAUGUUUGCUGAGAGAUUUAAAAGUUUGCUUGUUGCAACAAUUAAACAAAUAUUAAUGGAAAUAAAGAUGAAAAUAUCUUAAUUGGUGAA